AUGCUGUCGUCCACCGCCUUCACGGUGAUCAGCCCAUCCAUCACUCCACAGGCUCAAGUCCCCGUGGAACCCAAGAAGGCCCCCAAGAGUGACGCUGGCACGUGGUUCUCGGGCACUGGCGCAGCUUUGGCAGCCACGGGCCUUGUCACCGCUUCCGCCUUGCGCCGCAAAGCACGUGGUGUGCGGGCAAAGACUGCAUCAGUGGCCACGGGCCUCAGCAGUUCUGUUGGUGGUGAAACUUACUUCCGUGACCAGCUAGUGGCCUGCCGUGCCCAGCUCGAUGGAGUGGAGGCCCCAACGUUGGAAGAGACUGACCAGCACAUCCAGGAUGUGCAGAACUUUGCCAAGCAAGCCCUGGCUGGAGCUGCCGCGGCAAUGGUCUUCACGUCUUCCAUGGAAUCCGCGGUGGCGUACCCCAUCUUCGCGCAGCAGAACUAUGCCAACCCACGCGAGUACACAGGAAAGAUUGUGUGUGCCAACUGCCACCUGGCCUCGAAGCCAAUUGAGGUGAGGAUUCCGCAGGCUGUGUUGCCCGACACAAUCUUCAAGACCGAGGUGGAGAUCCCUGCCAAGUACGCCAAGCGCCGCCAGCCAAUCGCGGAUGGCUCCAAGGGCCCCAUGAACAUCGGAGCCAUCGCUGUGAUGCCCGAAGGUUGGAAGCUGGCUCCCAAGGAUCGUCUGCCAAAGCCGCUGAAGAAGGAGAUGAAGGGCCUUGCUUGGUCCGCCUACAGCAAGGAGUACCCGAACAUUGUGGUUGCAGGGCCCGUUCCAGGCGAAACCUACGAGAAGAUGGUGCUGCCUGUCCUUGCGCCGGAUCCCAACACGGAUGACAAGAUCCUCUUCGGCAAGGGCAUCUUUUACUUCGGUGGCAACCGUGGGCGUGGUCAGGUCUAUCCUGAGGGCAACCAGAGCAACAACAACCAGUUCUUUGCCGUUGCGACCGGCACGGUGAGCGCUGUUGAUGGCUUGAAGGUGACAAUCACGACCCCAUCCGGCGAGGCCAAAACUCAGGAGUGCCUCCCAGGUUCAGACAUUGUGGUGCAGGUGGGUGAUGAGGUGGAGAAGGACGAGCCGAUCACCACCAACCCGAACGUAGGUGGAUUUGGCCAGGAGGAGAAGGAAUGCAUCCUGCAAGACAUGAACCGGGUCUAUGCCUAUUGCGCCUUUGCUUUCUCCUGCUUCAUUGCCCAGCUGUCCUUCGUCCUCAAGAAGAAGCAGUUCGAGAAGGUCCAGCUGGCGGAGGGCUUCUGA